AGCUGGAGAAUGGAGUCAGGAAACCAUUCACACGAGGCUUUUAGGGACUGCUGUGGGAGAGACCCUGCAGCUACUUGUAGCUGCACAGAAGGACCCCUACCUUCUCUGAGCUCCUCUUCCAUAGGGUAUGAGGAGACUCCAAGAGUUGAGAAGAGAAGUUUUAUCCAAGUAUGAAAACCAAAUUACUAUUUUUGCUGACUACCUAGAAGAAUUUCCAGAUACAAAUGACCUGGUAUGGAUCUUGGGGAAACAGCAUCUCCUUAAAACAGAAAAAUCUAAGCUGUUGUCUGAUAUAAGUGCUCGUCUAUGGUUUACAUACAGAAGGAAAUUUUCACCAAUUGGGGGAACGGGCCCUUCAUCAGAUGCUGGCUGGGGAUGUAUGCUACGCUGUGGACAGAUGAUGCUGGCUCAAGCCCUUAUCUGCAGACACUUGGGAAGGGACUGGAACUGGGAGAAACAAAAAGAACAACCCAAAGAAUAUCAGCGGAUCCUACAGUGCUUCUUAGAUAGAAAAGACUGUUGCUACUCUAUCCAUCAAAUGGCACAAAUGGGUGUAGGAGAAGGAAAGUCAAUUGGCGAAUGGUUUGGACCAAAUACAGUUGCACAGGUGUUAAAAAAACUUGCUUUAUUUGACGAAUGGAAUUCCUUGGCUGUUUAUGUUUCAAUGGAUAACACAGUGGUAAUUGAAGAUAUCAAAAAAAUGUGCCGCAUCCUUCCCUUGAGUACUGAUACAGACGGUGGGAGUCCCCCCAACUCUCUGAAUGCUUCGAACCACAGUAAGGCCACCUCUGCCUGCUGCCCCGCCUGGAAACCCCUGCUGCUCAUUGUGCCCCUCCGCCUGGGCAUAAACCAAAUCAAUCCUGUCUAUGUUGAUGCAUUCAAAGAGUGUUUUAAGAUGCCACAGUCUUUAGGGGCAUUAGGAGGAAAACCAAAUAACGCCUAUUAUUUCAUAGGAUUCUUAGGUGAUGAGCUCAUUUUCCUGGACCCUCACACAACCCAGACCUUUGUUGACACUGAAGAGGAUGGAACUGUCGAUGACCAGACUUUCCAUUGUCUGCAGUCGCCACAGCGAAUGAAUAUUCUGAACUUGGAUCCUUCCGUGGCAUUGGGAUUUUUCUGCAAAGAAGAAAAAGACUUUGAUAACUGGUGUAGCCUUGUUCAAAAGGAAAUUCUAAAGGAAAACUUAAGGAUGUUUGAAUUAGUUCAGAAACAUCCAUCGCACUGGCCUCCCUUUGUACCUCCAGCCAAACCAGAGGUAACAACCACUGGGGCAGAAUUCAUUGACUCUACUGAACAACUAGAGGAAUUUGACUUGGAGGAAGAUUUCGAGAUUCUGAGUGUAUAAAACAAUAGGAACUCAACCUUAAGAUUUUUCUUCCAUCUGGCACCAGAAGAACAUGAACUCAUUACAUAAAACUUUUGUAGUCAGCAAGUGCCUGUUACGCCAACAGCAUACAAACUUGAUAGCAAUCAAUCAUGACUGAGCCAAUCACCACUUCUCAGAAAAAGACGUUUAACAAUCCUCCCCCAGAAAGAACUAGAACAAUCAUGGGAUCUAGGAGCAGAAAGAUUAGGAGCCAUUCUUUGCUUCUCAGCUAGUCUUACUUGGCCAUAGCGACUCUGCCGCUACUGAAAUGAGGAGGUGGACUUCUGGAAGAUAGACAGCAACUCCCACCUUGCUUCAAGCACCAGCAAAUGAGAGAUGGUUACCUGUGCUUCUGCACCCUUUUAGGUGUGACCUCUUUUGGGCUAAAUACUAAGAAGCAGUCUGUCCUUUUGCUCUAAUAAUAAAGUGAUUACACUAGGGAGAAAAAGUUCUUGUUAAAUUAUUUGAAUAUGUAUUUUAAUUAAUUAUAAUUAAUAUCAAAAAGUUUUUCUAAGAAAUUAUGUCAGAUGUGGACUUGUUGAUCUCCUGACUUUUUGGGGGAACCUUAUUUUAAUGAGUCAUUGUUCCCUUCUUUACUGAUACUUUUGUCAAUAAAACAAAAGUAUUUUUUAAAACCUGUCCUUAAAUGAAAUCAUGAUCGCUUAGGUCAGGGGUCAGCAAACUUUUUCUGUAAAGGCCAGAUGGUAAAUGUUUCAGGAUUUGUAGGCCAUGUCUCCUCUGUCUCAGCUACUUAACUGUGCUGUUUGAAGUACCAAAGCAGCCAUAGACAAUCUGAGCCUGGCUGUAAACCAAUAAAACUAUAUUUACAAAAAUAGGUGAAUGGCAAAUUUAACCUACAGUCUGUAGUUUGCCAAUCACUGACUUAAAAUGUUGAUUUUUGUUUGGGAAAUUAAAAAUCGUGUUUGAAUUAGACUCCA